CUAAAGCUACUUUCCCUCAAUUUUCAACAAACAGUUCAUUUUCUUGAUUCAAUCAUCACAAAACCCAAGAAAACCAAUUCUUGUAACAUUUUGGGACUUACCCAAGUUCUUGAAUUUGAGUUUUUGCUGGACAAAAAAAAAAACAGAACACAAAAAAAAGAGAUUGAAUUUAAUGGAUAGACUUUUAACAACUUUUUUGUUUUCAUUAGUCUUGAUUCUAAGUCUAUUUUCUACUACUUCAUAUGCUCAAACUCAAAAUUGCUCAGCUUUUGCAUUCCGAAAUAACCAGAUAUUUGCAACUUGCAAUCCUCUGCCUGUACUAAAUUCUGUUCUUCACUGGAGUUACCAUCCAGAUAACCACACAGUGGAUCUUGCUUACAGACAUGGAGGUGUACCAAAUACAGAUUGGGUAGCUUGGGGUUUAAAUAUUGAUGGAUCCAUGAUGGUUGGUUCACAAUGUUUGGUUGCAUUUAGAAAUUCUAGUGGACAAAUUCAUGCUUACACUUCCCCUGUUUCUAGUUACGGCACUCAGUUAACAGAAGGUGCUUUAAGUUUCAAUGUUCCAAGAAUUGCAGCAGAGUUUUCAAACAAUGAAUUUAUCAUUUUUGCAACUUUGGAACUUCCUGCUGGAAGGACUAGUUUUAAUCAGGCUUGGCAAAAUGGAGGAGUUUCUGGUCAGGCUUUGACAGUUCAUGUUCAGUCUGGUGAUAAUAUGAGGUCUUUUGGAAGUGUUGAUUUUGCAAAUGGAGAGUUAGGUGGUGGUGGUAGCUCAGUCACUUCUAGACAACGCAGAAGAUAUGUUCAUGGAGUAUUGAAUGCAGUGAGUUGGGGAGUGUUAAUGCCAAUGGGAGCAGUAUUUGCAAGGUACUUGAAGGUGUUCAAAGCAGCAAAUCCAGCUUGGUUUUAUAUACAUGUUGCUUGUCAAACCUCUGCCUAUGUUGUUGGUGUUGCUGGAUGGGGCACUGGUCUCAAACUUGGCAGUGAUUCUACUGGUAUCGAAUUCACUACUCACAGGAACAUUGGCAUCACUCUCUUUUGCCUUGGAACUCUUCAGGUGUUUGCUUUGCUUCUAAGGCCAAAGCCAGACCACAAGUACAGAUUAUACUGGAACAUUUACCACCAUGCUAUUGGAUACGCGGUAAUAAGUCUGAGCAUCGUCAAUGUGUUUGAAGGAUUUGAUGCAUUAAAUGGGCAAAAGAAUUGGAAGAGGGCUUACAUUGGUGUGAUCAUAGCCUUAGGGGCCAUUGCUGUUUUAUUAGAAGCCUUCACUUGGUUCAUUGUCAUCAAAAGGAAAAAAACAGACUCUAACAAGAACACACAAAAUAGAACAAAUGGUGUUAAUCCUUAUGGAAAUGGGACUCAUCAUCAGCAGGCAUAAAUUAACUUAAAUGUCACUUUGGACAUGCUUUGUAGUAUGCAUAUAUGUUUUUGAUUGUUUAGUUCAGAUGAUUGUUUAGCAUGAAAUUUUGUUUUUUUUCUUUUCUUUUUGCUCUUUGCAGAUGGAUAUAUAUUCUUGUAUACAUAUAUGUUGAGAGACCACCUAUUUGUGGUUUUAUUUUAUCAUUGCUCGUAGUCUUUUCAUUCA